AGGCAGCGUGUCAGUGGGAGUGGGUGAGUCUGCCAUAGACCGUCUGCUAGCUGUUGCAAACCUUCCGCUCGUUUUCUGCCUCAAACCUGCGAACCUGGCAGCGGGUUUUCACAUUAACGGAGGUUUUAAACGGAGAUCCGGUAACCGACGGGCUGCACGUCCGGUUCUGCUCCGGUCCUACCGGUAAAUCUGGGAUGGAGAACUAACGAAGCUGCAGCUUAACGUGAAGAAACGCCGUGAUGCUGGAUGCUGUUUGCUGCUCCUGAACUUUGACUGGACCAGGAUGGUGGACAUUUUCCUCUUCACGCCUCCGUUCUCCUGACAGCAGCAGCAGCGAUGGGCUUCUUCAGGCAGCUGGUCAGAACCAUGGGUCGGAUCAGCACCUUCAGGUCCUACCAGUUCCUCCUGCUGCUGGCCGCUGCUCUCGCCGUCGUGGCGUUUUACUACUUCGGCUCGGAGAGGCAGAACUUCUCCAGCACCACCAAGCGGAUCAAGCAGACCCAGGCAAGCCAGAAUGCCAACCGGAAUGACGCCGACCUCACCCUGGACACCCGGCUGUCCGAACCAGCCCGGUCCGAGGAGCAGGAGGGCAGCGAGCGGCGGUACCACGCCCUGAUGAUGUUCACCAAGGUGGACAAGAGCCGCAGCCUGCAGGACAAGUUCAGGGUGGCCAUGCUGUCCAUGGUGGAACACGGAAGCUUCCUGGAAGGAGAAGUUCUGGUGCUGCACUUUGUGAGCGACCAGGCCAGCCGAGAGCUGGGAGAAAAGAUGCUGCAGGAGCUUCUGCUGGACGCCACGUUCAAAUACGAGGUUCUGUUCCAUGACGUGGCGGUUCUGACCCAGAAGCUCUUCCCCAUCGUGGAGGCCAUGCAGAAGCAUUUCAGCGCCGGUUCUGGAGCUUAUUACAGCGACUCCAUCUUCUUCCUGUCCGUCGCCAUGCAUCACAUCAUGCCCGACAGUCUGACUCAUAUAGUGCAGCUGGACCUGGACCUUAAAUACAGGACCAACAUCAGGGACCUUUUCCAGGAGUUUCAGCGGUUUCCUCCCGGGGCUGUGAUCGGCAUCAGCAGGGAGAUGCAGCCGGUCUACAGACAUACGUUCUGGCAGUACCGGAAGGAGAACCCUCAGACCCGGGUGGGAGAUCCUCCUCCGGACGGCCUGCCGGGCUUCAACAGCGGCGUCAUGCUGCUGGACCUGGGUGCCAUGAGGGCCUCGGCUCUGUACAACCGGCUGCUGGAGCCCGGCAACGUGGCCCAACUGGCCGACCAGUACCGCUUCAGGGGCCACCUGGGCGACCAGGACUUCUUCACCAUGAUCGGCAUGGAGCAUCCGGAGCUCUUCUACCUGCUGGGCUGCGGCUGGAACCGGCAGCUGUGUACCUGGUGGAGGGACCACGGCUACGGAGACGUCUUCCUGAUGUACUACCGCUGCGACGGACCCGUUUACAUCUACCACGGGAACUGCAACUCCCCCAUCCCAGACGACUGAGCUCAGAAUCAGAGCUGGAGAGGAUUAUAGCUGCUCACUGGGAGGACCGGACCUGAAUGGAGACACAUCUGAAGCUCAAAUAGGGGAGUAAAGAUGGUCUUAGCCUGGACCUGCAGAGGAGAUGGACCGCCAUCAUCUCUAAUCAUCACAUCCAGGAUUUAUCAGAAGCAUUUUCAGAGGAAAAAUUGUUUCAGACAUCAGUGGUUCUUCUUCAUGAGACUUUUCAUGGACCAGUUUCUGUAGUUCAACUCAACAUCAUCAGGAGAAAACUUCUAUUUACUCAAAAUUUCAAACUCAUUUCAUGUCUUCAGUGUGUCUACGAGACAAUUCUUGUCUUUUAAAGCUGGUUGAAUUUGAUCUCAUUCUUAAAUUAAGCCAAAAUAUCUAAAUCUAGUAAUAAAACCCCAGAGGACCCGGGAUGCUGCCCUGAGGGAUGCGACAAGCAAACCAUUAAAGAACAAACUGCUGAAACAACGAGAGGUUGUUGUUAGUUUGAACGUACUUUUGUUGACUGCAGACGCUGCCCCCUGCUGGUCGAGGGGCUCCUGACGCGCCCCAGCAUAAAAUAUAUCACAAUACACAGUGUUUAUCUGGGUUAUUUUAGAAUAUUAAAGAUGAAAAAUGUUUCAGACAUCAGUGUUUCUUCUUCAUGAAACCUUUGAGGGACCAGUUUCUGCAGUUCAACUCAACAUCAUCAGGAGAAAUCUGUGUUUCUUCUAUUUAUUAAAAACUUGAGUCGUUUUAUGUCUUCAGUGUGUCUACGAGACACUUCUUCUCGAUGAAAACUGAUUAAAUUGGUUCUCCUUCUUAAAUGCAGUCAAAAUAUCUGACUUGAGUAAUAAAACCCCAGAGGACCUGGGUUGCUGUGUUGAGGGACGCCACAUGUAGCCAUUAAAGAACUAACUGCUGAAACGAGAGAUUGUUGUUAAUUUGGACGGACUUUUAGUCAACCGCAGACGCUGCCCGCUGCUGGUCAAGGGGCUCCUGAAGGGCCCCAACAUAAAAUAUAUCUCGAAGCACAGUGUUUAUCUGUGUUAUUUUACAAUACUAAAGCUGAAAACGGUUUCAGACAUCAGUGUUUCUUCUUCAUGAGACCUUUGAGGGACCAGUUUCUGUAGUUCAACUCAACAUCAUCAAGAGAAAACUCCUAUUUACUCAAAAUUUCCAAGUCAUUUUAUGUCUUCAGCAUGCCUGUGAGACACUUCCUGUCCUUUAGAACUGAUUUAAUGGGUUCUCUUUCUUUAAUGAAUCCAAAAUACUUGAUUAGUGCCAUAAAACUCCAGAGGACCCAGGAUGCUGCCCUGAGGGACGCCACAAGCAAACCAUUAAAGAACUAACUGCUGAAACAAGAAGAGGAAACUCAAACACUGCAGUUUUUAGUUUGGAUGGUCUUUUAGUAGACCGCAGACGCUGCCCCCUGCUGGUCGAGGGGCUCCUGAAGGGCCCCAACAUAAAAUAUAUCACAUAUACACAGUGUUUAUCUGGGUUAUUUUAGAGUAUGAAAGAUGAAAACUGUUUCUGGAUCAGUGGAUGUUUGUUACUUCAGGUACUAAUAAGCCGAUGCUGAUAAUCAGAGGAAUGCUGAACCGUAGUUUCUAAUAAAUCAGGAUGGUGUCGGUAUAAAAUCAGCCUUCUGGUUCAGUUUAUAUAAAAUCAACUCAAUCUGAACUUCCUUGAUUCUUUUAUGUUCAAUAACUUUAGUAUAUUUUAUGAGAUUGUGUAAAACAUUAUCUUCAUGGACUGAUCUACUGUUGAUCUCAGUGUUUAUACAUGAAUAGGAUUUAAUUUGAUGAGGAUCUGAAAGAUUAAUUUUUAUUAAGGCAUCUUGGAACAUCUACACCAGCAACACAGAGCUCUGCUCUAACCGUAGAUCUGAAUGUGUCCAAAUCCGAAGACUAAUUUGGAUGUCUUCACCAAAGACGAAAAGUUCUAAACAGCAGAAAGAGUCUCUGGUAUGGUAAAUCAGGAAACCAAGAGGGUUGAAAACAACCAAGUUUCUCCAGAGCUGCAGGACAAACUUGAAACUUAUUCAGUAUUCAGUAGAAGAACCUUCAGGUCCAUCAUUGGUCCUGUUGGUCUCCAUCAAUCUGAACAUUUGAAGUUUCUCCUCCUCCUUCUCUAUAAACUGUUAAACUCUGUCAGGGUCCUCAGAGAUCCUGAUCAACAGAACUUUUCUAGUUCUCAGCUGGAUGGAGGUCUGGACUCUGACUCCUCCAGAACUUCUACCUUGUUGUCUUCAAACCAUCUCUGAGGAUCUUUGUCUGUUUGCUUCGACAUCGUCUGGAUGGAGAACUGAUCUUCUCCACGUCUCAGUUCUCUUCCGACUGCAUCAGGUUGUCCUCCAGGAUUUAAUUUACCCUCUUCUACCUUUACAAGCCUUCCAGGUCCUGCUGCUAAGGAACACCAUGAUGCUGCCACCACCAUGCUUCACAACAUGAUGCUGCCACCACCGUGCUUCACAUCAUGAUGCUGCCACCACCAUGCUUCACAUCAUGAUGCUGCCACCACCGUGCUUCACAUCAUGAUGCUGCCACCACCGUGCUUCACAGUGGGGAUGGUGUGUUUGCAAUGAUGUUCAGUGUUUGGUGUCCAUCAAACGUAUCAUCUAGUCUGAUGGACAUAAAGCUCCAUCCCGGUCUCCUCAGACCAGAGAACCUUCUUCCAGGUGUCUUCAGAGUCUCCACAUGUCAUCUGGUGAACUCUAGUCCAGAUUUAAUUCUAGCUUUUUCCAUCAGAGUCUUUCUCUUUGUCUCCAUAAAGCUUUGACUGGUGAAGAACAGACAACAGAUGCUGGAUGAACAGUCUGAAGCUGGAACUCCUUCAGAAGAGUAAUAGGAGUCUUGGUGGCCUCCCUCUCUAGUCUCUCAGUCUUUGAGGAUGUCCUACUCUAGUCAGAUUUAUUCUAUUCCAUUUUCUUUCUCUCCAGCAGCUGUAACUUCCCGUCCUGACUUCCCUCUGCUUCCUCAGCAGGUGAGAGUUAAUCUGGUGUCUUUACUUCCCACCAGAGGACUCCAUGUAGCUCCUUUCAAACAUCGUCUUUCAGGUGGAGAGAAGAAAACCUCCGUCUAUGAGGUUUAGCCGGAGGCUGUGAGGCUCUCAGAGACAGUGACCCACUUCUGAAUUUUCUUGCCUCGCUCACUGAACUGGUUCACAGAAAUGUCAACACUCAGUAUUCAUCAGUCGGGGAAUCGUCUGAGGUGAUGUUCACUGAAACACCGAGUCAAACCGAGGCUGCAGGGCUCUGAGGAACAAACGUUUCUCAGUCAGUGAGCUUCCUUUGAAUUCACCUCCAAGCCACUCAGGACAACAGAUCUGCAGCUGUGAAGGAGAAGAAGGAAUCAUAAAAAAUCACCUCCUGAUUGUACUUUCCACACAUCCAGAGUUCCUUUGAUCAACCAAACCUGAAGGUUUUCAACUUUCUUCAGACUCUGAGCCAUGAAAAGCAUCAUGUGACUCUUCUUCUCUAUGAAUCCGACCAAUCGUGUGACGCCUGCUUCAGUCAGAGGAACAGGUCGUUGUCAUGGAGAUCUGGGAGGAAAUGAAACGUAUAAACGCUGUGAGUUCAGAAAUUUAAAUCUGACUCUGAAACAUUAAACUUCACUCAUUUAAACAUCAACAUUCAGGUCCCAGAAUGAAGACAACGUAGAAAUAACUUUAGUCUUUGGACAAAUCAAAGUAGAAUUAAUUUUCCUGAGUGAAUGUUCUCUAAUAAAUACCAACAGACGAAUCAGUGUUCUAAUCAGAGUUCUAUCAGAACCAGCAGAAUAAACGGACUGAUCAGCUGAUCAGAACCAAACAUGAAAACAGAUUUAUCCGUUUUCUGCAUCACCAGCUGAAUACAUGUAGGUUCUACUAUUUCUACAGGUUCUACUGGUUCUACAUGUAGGUUUUAUAGGUUCUACAGGUUCUACUGGUUCUACAUGUAGGUUCUAUAGGUUCUAUACAUUGUACAUGUAGGUUCUACUGGUUCUACAGGUUCUAUAGGUUCUAUACAUUCUACAUGUAGGUUCUACUGGUUCUAUACAUUGUACAUGUAGGUUCUACUGGUUCUACAGGUUCUAUAGGUUCUAUACAUUCUACAUGUAGGUUCUACUGGUUCUAUACAUUGUACAUGUAGGUUCUACUGGUUCUACAGGUUCUAUAGGUUCUAUACAUUCUACAUGUAGGUUCUACUGGUUCUACAGUUUCUACUGGUUCUGCUGGUUGGUUCUGUAACUGUACGGCUCCAUUCAGUGGAAUUACUGGAAGAACUGGUUUAAAAACAAACUCCAUCCGUUACCAUGGAGAUCUAGCUGUGCAGCAACACUUGCCAUGGUGAUCUGGCUGUUCCUAUCGGUUACCAUGGUGAUCCAGUAGGUCAAAAUGGAGCCUUUUCUUCAUGACAUUAGAAAUUGAACAUCCCAUAAUAACACAUUCAUGUCUUCAUUUCUCCAUUUUUCAGUUCUAAAUCUUCUUCUCAGCUGCAGAAUAAAUCUGUAAAAUCCAUCAACUGUACGACAACGUGGUCAGAAAACCGACAACAGGAAUGACUGUAGUGUUUCUGCUGGGAUGGAUUUAAUCUGUCGGCGUCUUGUAGCUGAAAGGUUCAAACUUUAUCUUGAGUUCAUUCCUGUGUUCCAGCAGCUUCAUGUUUUCAUCCAAACACCUCAUGGUUCUCCAGCAGCAGCAGAACUUCUUCCUGUUUGGUUCAUUGUUCAGAUUUAUUGGUGUUUCUUUCAACAGACGACAGCGUCUAGAACCAUUCAGGGGUCGAUUCCCUCUCGUCUGCUUUCUCUGUUCAGAUGAUUUUACCGACAGAAAUGUAGAAACUGUCUUUAUUUUUAACCUGAAAUGUUCCAUUUGUUUCCACUUUUCCUAAAUAAAUGAUGUGAUCACGUUCUAUGUUGUUACUCUAUUAGAGAACCUAAUAA